AUGGCUGAGCAAGGGCAUAGACAGCGUCCUAGAUUGGUGUUAGUAGCAACUCCAUUCCAAGGCCACAUCAAUCCAUUGCUUCAGCUCAGUGCUAUCCUUCAUUCUAAAGGAUUCUCCAUCACCAUUGUUCACACUCAAUUCAAUUCUCCUGACCCUUCAAACUGCCCUGAUUUCAACUUUCUAUUCAUUCAGGAUGGCUUAUCUGACCAUGACAUCGCUUCUCUCGACCUAACUGCCAUUGUUUUGGUUCUCAACGACAGAUGCCGAUUGCCUUUCCAAGAAUGCCUGGCCAAGCUUGUGGAGGAACAGGAGACAGAUGACGAUCGAAUUGUCUGUGUCAUUUAUGAUGAACUUUCGUACUUCUCUGAAGCUGCGGCUCAUAAUCUGAAGCUUCCGAGCAUUAUCUUUCGCACUAACAAUGCUAACAGCUUUCUGGCUCGCAGUGUUCUUAUCGAAAUGUAUGCGCAGGGUCACAUCCCUUUGGCAGACCCUAUGUCCCAGGAAGCAGUGCUGGAGCAUCCUCCCCUGAGACUCCGAGAUCUGCCCAUCUCCAGCUUUGGACCAAUGAAAAAUUUCUUCAAACUAAUGGGCAAUGCACGCGAUGUAAGAAGGUCCUCCGCAAUCAUUUAUAAUACCAUGGACUGCCUCGAAGAGUCAUCAUUAACAAAGCUUCAACAACAAUGCCAUGUUCCAAUCUUUGCAAUAGGACCAGUUCACAAGAUUGUUCCAGCACCAUCUUGUAGAUUACUAGAAGAGGACAGUAGCUGCAUGUCAUGGCUUGACAAACAAGCUCCAAACUCUGUCAUCUAUGUAAGUCCAGGAAGUUUAGCUUCCACGAAUGAGAAAGACCUAAUAGAAAUGGCAUGGGGUUUGGCAAAUAGCAAGCAACCUUUUUUGUGGGUGGUUCGACCUGGCUCAGUACAUGGUUCAGAAUGUUUUGAGUCAGUGCCUGGGGGAUUAAGAGAAAUUGUUGGAGAGAGAGGUUGUGUUGUGAAAUGGGCACCGCAAAAAGAGGUUCUGGCACAUAAUGCAGUAGGAGGGUUUUGGAGCCACUGUGGUUGGAACUCAUUACUUGAAAGUGUAUCUGAAGGGGUUCCAAUCAUAUGUAGACCAAGCUUUGGGGAUCAGAAGGUGACUGCUAGGUAUGUAAGUCAAGUAUGGAGAGUGGGUUUGCAUUUGGAGGAUGAAUUGGAGAGAGGAGAAAUAGAGAGAGUUGUUAGAAGGCUGAUGGUUGAUAAAGAGGGGGAGGGGAUGAGGCAGAGGGCAAUGAACUUGAAGGAGAAAGCAGAGCUUUGUAUCAGGACAGGUGGUUCUUCCUAUAAUUCCUUGAACAAGUUGGUAGAAUUAAUCAAAUCGUUUUAA